AUGUCCUCACCUGGAAUCUCAUCUGCGGCGUUCCCCGCGGCUCUUUAUAUCGCGACUGUCGUCCUCUACUCCUGCCUCAUCGUCCCAACCUUCUAUAUCUGGCGCCGCCAUGGCAGAGCUGGCUUCUUGGCCUACAAUUUCGUCUUUUCGUUCUGCGCCAUUCGCAUUGCUGGCGGUGCGCUUUCCAUGGUUGCGAGGCACAAGCCCAACAUUGAGACCAGCGCAACUGUCGUCAACAGUUUGGCCAUAUCCCCGCUCCUCCUUGCUGAACUUGGAGUCUUGCACGAGGCACGCAAUGCUUGUCUUGUGCGGCUCAAGCCAAGAGUUGAGCGGACGCUUGUGGGUGGCUUCCACAGCAUCAUUACGACGGCCAUUAUACUGGUGGUGAUCGGGAUUGUCAAUGUUGUCAAGGGGCUUUCCACUACUCAAGACUCUGGCCUAAUCAAGGCUGGACUGGCGAUGUUUGUGGUGUCAUAUCUAAGUCUUCUUGCGUGGACGACUAUCUCGCUGCGCAAUCCGGCUAGACCGAGAAAUGACACUUUCAUUGAUGGAACUGUGCUUUUACGUACUGCCGCAGUUGCCCUACCAUUUAUCGGCAUGAGACUCGUCUACGGCAUCAUCGCAUUUCUUCUGACUAGCCCAGCAUUUGCAAGCUCGUUGACGGCGAAAAUCCUUCUGAGUUUCACCCCAGAGGCACUUGCUACUGGCUUGUUCGUGCUUGGUGGCUACAAGACACGUAGUAUGUAUGCUUUGCGCUACCAGGAAACGCUUCUAAAGCACACUUCAUCGCCGUCUGUGUAA